GGAGCGUGGCUUCCAUUCGCCCCAUCCACCUCGCUGUCUUCUUCUUCUUCAGUUCCGCCUUCCCAUCCCCGCCUGAUCGGAGUCUCAGCCGCGGCAGCCAUGGCGAAGACCUACCCCGUCGUCAGCGCCGAGUACCAGGAGGCCGUCGAGAAGGCCAGGCAGAAGCUCCGCGCCCUCAUCGCCGAGAAGAAUUGCUCCCCGCUCAUGCUCCGCCUCGCGUGGCACUCGGCCGGGACCUUCGACGUGUCGUCCAAGACAGGCGGCCCGUUCGGGACGAUGAAGAAGCCGGCGGAGCAGGCGCACGCCGCCAACGCGGGCCUGGACAUCGCCGUGCGGAUGCUCGAGCCCAUCAAGGAGGAGAUCCCCACCAUCUCCUACGCCGAUCUCUACCAGCUUGCGGGAGUUGUCGCCGUGGAGGUCUCCGGUGGGCCCGUGAUCCCCUUCCACCCAGGGAGGGAGGACAAGCCUCAGCCCCCACCUGAGGGUCGCCUCCCUGAUGCUACCAAGGGUUCUGACCACCUAAGGCAAGUCUUUGGCAAGCAGAUGGGCUUGAGUGAUCAGGAUAUUGUUGCCCUCUCUGGUGGCCACACCCUGGGAAGGUGCCACAAGGAGAGGUCUGGCUUUGAGGGACCCUGGACAAGGAACCCUUUGAAGUUUGACAACUCUUACUUCACGGAGCUUCUGAGUGGUGAUAAAGAGGGACUUCUUCAGCUUCCAAGUGACAAAACCCUGCUGACUGACCCUGUCUUCCGCCCUCUUGUGGAGAAAUAUGCUGCGGAUGAGAAGGCUUUCUUUGAGGACUACAAGGAGGCACACCUCAGGCUCUCCGAACUGGGGUACGCCGAAGCGUAAGAGGUGUCUACUACUGCUGCUACUAUGUGCGACCAGGGUGAUCUUGUUCUGCUUCUAGACUAGGGGUCAGUGUGAACCAGCAGACUUUUAAGUAAUCAUCUCUGUAAUAAUGUCCGUUGGCUUGAGGCCAUACCUUGUACGCUGUCAGUGGUUUGGUGUGCCGUUGCACUCGGAUCUAUCGUAUGAAAUGCAGCAGUGACUUAUCAUGGUA